AUGGCCGCAGUGGCAUCGCAGCCGCCGCAUGGUCAGCAACAGUACUAUCAACAACAACAAUCAUCGCCCGCAGCAGCCUCGCCCGGCAAUUCACGUCGACCGACUUCGCGACGACCCAGUAAUGGCGCGUCCCCGAACACGCCUAGCACGCCCCAGACUCACAACUCGUCUGCCGUGAACACCCCCCGCGUGCAACCACUGCCCCCAUCGACACAGAAUUCUCCCCAGAUGAAUAACACGGCCACCACCAACGGCACUGGGCCCAUGCCGCCACCCAGGUCAUCGUCGCACCGCACCCCCAACACUGCAUCAACUUCAUCACAGCCUAGUCGGACAUGCGACGAGUCACGCCGGCGAGAAAAGGACAGCCCCAGCUCACGACAGCCAGGUAGCUCCAGCAGAGCACAGCCCGGCCACAGUCGCUCGGCCACCGCCAUUGGCCAGCCCCCCGUAGGAACCAGCUUGCCCCGCGAGGAGAGCGCCGUCAUAAAUCGCAUCGUUGUCUCAGAUACCCAGGAAGACAUCGCCCGCGCACAAGCACGCCAACGGGACGGCCCUCCCGUGACUUCUGGCGCAGAUCUCACUCCCAUUACAGGACUCAGUCUGGUCGGCAGCGAAGGUGUCGACGAUGGCGGCCGCGGUGGAGGCGCCGUCGGAGCAAAGAGCAGACAGGACCACUCCAAAUCCGAAAACGCGAAGCGAUCCAAGUUUGGCAACUACAUCCUCGGCCAGACGCUUGGCGAGGGUGAGUUCGGAAAGGUCAAGAUGGGCUGGAAACGAGACAGUUCGGUCGAAGUUGCCAUCAAACUCAUACGGCGAGAGACACUGGGAAGCAACUCGAACCGUUUGCAGAAAAUCUACCGUGAAAUCCACAUCCUACGCGGCUUGGACCACCCCAACAUCGUGCGCCUGCACGAGAUGGUUGAGACCGAGCGCCAUAUCGGCAUCAUUCUAGAAUAUGCUUCAGGAGGCGAACUAUUUGACUACAUCCUGAACCAUCGUUACUUGAAGGACGGCCCUGCACGUAAGCUGUUCUCCCAACUCAUAUCCGGUGUUGGAUACCUCCACCGCAAGGGUAUCGUACAUCGAGAUUUGAAGCUCGAAAACCUGCUGCUCGACCGCAACAAGAACAUCAUCAUCACUGAUUUCGGUUUCGCAAACACCUUUGAUCCCAACGACGAGCUCAGCGAGGAGAUUGAGUAUAGACUUGGAGACAAAGACUACAUAAGAUCUUUGGGACUGGAAGGGACCGACGCAGCUCGACGCGGUGAUCUCAUGCAGACUAGCUGCGGAAGUCCCUGCUACGCUGCGCCUGAAUUGGUCGUCAGCGAUUCGCUUUACACGGGACGCAAAGUCGAUGUCUGGAGUUGUGGUGUUAUUUUGUAUGCCAUGUUAGCCGGUUACCUACCUUUUGAUGACGAUCCAGCGAACCCCGAGGGCGACAAUAUCAACUUACUCUACAAGUACAUUGUAUCCACGCCAUUGACUUUCCCCGAAUACGUCACACCACAUGCGAGGGACUUGCUGAAACGCAUCCUUGUACCGGACCCACGCAAACGAGCGGACUUGUUCGAGGUUGCACGCCACAGCUGGUUGGCUGACUACGCGCAUGUUGUUGGCUUCAUCACCUCAAGCAAUACCAACGCGGCCGAGGCCCAACAGGCAUCUGUCUACUCGAAAGACACAUUUGAGCCGCAGCCCACACUCGCUAGAAGCGCCUCUGUUCGCGAACCCUCGAAGCCACACACAGCACCCACUGCACCCGGCGGCCUCCAGACGAAGCGUGAAGCGAUUAACCAGGCACCCUCCGAGAAGCCAAAGACCACCCGCGACACCAAGCGACGGACCGUACAGGUCGAGUAUGUCGCACCGUCGUCGCAAACCGCUCGCGGCGAGGCAUCCCCUCCAGUCGAAAUAAUUCCGAAGGCACGCGGCAAAGAGGCUGAAGUACCACCUACGGACGGAUACCAGUCGGCUACGAGCGCCAAACCUCCUCGUUCUUCUGGUGCAGUCUACAACUCGACCAGCAGAAGGCAGGAACCCCAACGAUCUGUCUCCGAUUACACGGCAUUCGGCAAUGCACCUCCAUCGGCUACGCGCCCAUCUACUAGUGGCGCUCUAGGCAACACGAGAUUACCAUCGCGAGGAAACUCCUAUGGACAGCCAUCUGUAGCGACAGUGGCCCAGACAAACGCAGAGGGACGCUUCUCGCAGCCCAAGGGUAAACAAUACUCGAUCUCGGCACCUUAUGCACAGCAGGAGCCGUCUGAUGCUGCGGAACCUCCCAACAUCGGUCAGCCGAGCUCUCAGCGAGUGCAGUCUAUACAGGUUGGGCCGCAUGGCGGAGCUGGUGGUCACAGAAGGUCGAACACGGUUUCCUCCACUCUCGGACGCAUGACGUCUAUGUUUUCCGGUCGUCAGCCUUCUUACACUCAGGAUCCCAAGGAGUCUUUCACAUCCACAGGAUCCUACGGCGGUUAUCCUGAGGAGAAGAAGCAGAAGAGCUACCCUCCCACAUCCAUGGCCGGACCCAUGUCUAACGAGGCGGUUUCCGCGUCAGCUGGCCCAAGAGCGAGCAUGGAAUCCAGCCGACGGACUUCCUUUGGCUUCUCCAGGAAGAACACAGGCAGCUCCGGCGAGAACCCGAAAGGCAGUCGUCGCUUCUCACUCAUUCCGUCUUCGCUCUCCAAGACCUUCUCUUCUGGACGAGAAAGUCUACCAGCCCAAGGCUCCCACGAGCGACGCGGCUCCAGUGCUCGUCCUCGCGCUAGCUCACGCCCUGGCGGGAUGGCUUUUGGUCGGGGUUCGGAAUCCAGAUCUCCUAGUCAGAGCACCCAAGGAAGCAAGCUGCCCGGUUUCUACGAUGGCCAGCAUGACAGUAACUCUAGGGUAAGGCAGCCUAACACGAGCGCCGCUGGACCAUCUUCGGCGCCACCAAACCAAACUCAGUUCGCUGGCUACAAUCACUCAGCACCCGAAUUCGACGAGAAGUUCCCCAACCCACAAGGAGCUCAUCCAUCUGCGCAAGGAAACCGUCCCUAUCGCCAUCCUACGGACGGCUCAGAGGCCGAUAUGUCACAGUCACAGCAGUUCAGCCAAAGGACACCUUCCAACCCCUACCCUGCAGGCAUGGGCGGUGAUGACUUGAACCAGCAGCAGCAGAGGAAAGGCGUGCUGCAGAAGAGCAGGCGCUUCGCUGAUGCGUACGAUGAGCAAGGCACGGGCAACAAAGGAAGCUCGGGUAGCUCCAAGAAGGUUAUGGACUUCUUCCGGCGCAUGGGCAAGCAGAGAACCAGCAGCCGAUAA